AUGACAGCGGACGGUGAGAAUGAAUGUCACCAACGUACAAUGUUACCAACUUUCCCAAGUAAGUCACCAACCAACGUAUACGACGAUGGAAUGGCAGAAGCGCAAAAGACCCGCUCAGCACAUGGUCAAAGAAAUAAGAAAACCCCAACUGGGUGUGCAACAAGCGCGCUUUGGAAUCUGAGACUACAUCGUAGUACCUACAUAUCAAAUAAUUCGAUCAUCGUAAGGAGUGAACCAAUGGGAGAAUUCACGAAUCAUACAAUACUGUCACUCCAAGUCGAUCCAGUCAAUCUUUCACGAUAUGUUAUCUAUUCUCUACCAAUUAUCCAUGAUUUUGGCUGUCUCAUCUACCAAUUAUCUAUUGCUCUGGCUGUCUCAUCAAUAUCUUCGUCUCAUCGGCUACUCCAGAGGCACAGUCACAUAUGCCCAUGUCGAUGGACCGUGAAAGAGACCCAAUCCUUCCGACAAAUGGUUGAGCAUAUGGGACCUCACAAGAACGAGAACGCCACAACGCAAGCAAGUACCGGGCAUGAACGGAGAACAGCCUAUGAUACCGCCUACAGCUUCCUAGGAUAUCGAGAAAUCAUAAUGACUCUCUCAUGUAUCUCUCUCCACCGCAUACCCAGAAUUCUUGGUUCUUUCGGGUUGGAAUCUAAUAACUAUUGGUACAUGCUCCAUACAUGUACGCACACAUACGUACAUAUACCCAAAACUCAUUCGUACGCUAUUUUAUAUUACGUCCCGCACCUUUUCUGCUUUAAGUGCAACCCAAAAUAA